AUGCGCUGCACGUUCGGACUUGCGCUUUUGGCCGGCCUUGCGCUGGGCCGACCAGCGCCUGAGCCAGCCAGCCAGGCAGAUAGCGCUAUCGCAUACGUCGACCAGGAGACUGGUUUCACCUUCUCCGAGUUCAAGGCGGCAUACUCCCUCACGCAAAACAUCGUCUACCGCAUUGCUCUGCCCAGUAACGCCCCCUCGGGAAACUACAACGCCGUUGUUCAGGUCGUUGCUCCGAAUCAGGUCGGAUGGACUGGUCUUGCCUGGGGCGGCAACAUGAUCAGGAACCCCCUCACCGUUGCGUAUCCCAGCGGCAGCAAAGUAACCGUCUCUUCUCGAUGGGCAACUGGUCACUCAACCCCUGCAUCGUACACUGGCGCUACCUACACUCUCCUCAGCAAGGGCAACCGCGUCAACGGCACGCACUGGCAGUACUCGGCCAAGUGCGUCGGAUGCACGACCUGGACGGGCGCCUCCGGCAGCCAGAGGAUCAACCCGACCGGUAGCGCGCGCCUUGCUUUUGCCUACUCGCCCAACAAGCCGUCCUCGCCCUCGUCCAACACUUCCACCAUCCCCGUACACGACGUCGCCAACUACUGGAGCCACGACUUUUCCGUCGGCCUCAACUCCAACUUCGACGCGCUGCUCGCGCAAAAUGGGGCUGCUUAGACGUUUGAGUGGGGGAAAUGGUAAACGGCCUUUUUUUGCUGUUGAGUGCAAAUGAAAGGGAAUGGUAGUGGGC